CUUAGAGCAGCUGCUCGUCGUUUCUUUGAUUCUCCUUGAGGGCAUAGCAGUCGGCAAGAACGCGAAAGAAGAAACCCAAAGGCCGACCGGAAAUGCUCGGCGCGGUCUCACAUCCGGCUCGCCCGCCCUCGCUCGUCUCCCGAUGCCGAACCAAGGCAGCCCCCUUCUUCGUCCUCGAAAGGCGUCCUCUCCUUCGAGCCUUCUCCACAUUCCCUUGUCUCAAUAGUCUCCACUCUCCUUUCAUCCCCAGAGCUUCAGUUGGGAGCUCGGAGUAUGUAAUGGAGCCUGGGACCAAUGUAAAAUUCCCAAGGGAGCUGAGAGUUCCUGGCUGCUCGGGCUUACUGGUUUUACUCGGCACAGGUUAUAGAGAGAAGGUCUUUGCAAUUAUUGGCAUCAAGGUGUAUGCUGCAGGAUUUUAUGCUGAACCUUCUAUCAGAGAGAGAUUGGAUGCCUGGAAAGGAAAACCAGCAGCUGAGAUUUUAGACGAUUGCUCAUUGUUCAGCUCAAUAUUACAAGCACCCUUGGAGAAAUCACUAAAUAUUAUGCUGGUCAGAGAUGUAGAUGGCAAGACCUUUUGGAAUGCCUUAGAUGAUGUUAUCUCUCCCAGAAUCAAGAACCCUACAUCUGUUGAUGAAUCUGCACUAUUAACUUUCCGCAACACCUUUCAAAGCCGUGAUCUUAAACAGGGAACUUUUAUAUUUUUGACUUGGGUGGAACCAUCCAAAAUGCUGAUUUCUAUCUCAUCUGGUGGCUUUCCUUCAAAAGUUGAUGCUGAAAUUGAAUCAGCAAAUGUCAGCAUGGCCCUUUAUGAUGCCUUUCUUGGAGAAUCUCCUGUUUCUCCCACCUUAAAGACCUCAGUGGCCAAUGGGCUGACAGAGAUCUUCAGCUAAAUGCAGGUUCAAACAGGAAGGCCUUACCUCAGCAGAGGCAGCAGAGUUCUCGAAUCCUUCUGAGGUGCUCUGGAAGAUGAAAGGCUUUCUCGGCAAAAGGUCAAGAACUCCAGCACGGACUCAACACCAACAAAAGUCGGGCAAGUCAACCAAGUAUCCAUCGGAUGGGCACAGGUGAUAACAUCUAGGAAGGGCAUGUGUCCAUUUUGAUGAUCUAUUAGGUGUAAAGGCAACAAUACCAACCAAAAACACCGUUGAAUCAUGUGAAAACCUGACCAAAACUCUUGUGUUGUGUGCUGGAACUUUGAUCUCAUCUCCUCGCACUCUUUUUGCCCAUUAUUGGUUUUCAAGUAUCAUACUUUUGAAUGAUUCUGGCCUAUCCUCGCCGUAAGAAACUUGUCGGAGAUGGAUGCGAGCAGUGGAAUUAAGUACUUCAUGUGACUGAAUUUCGGAUAGCAUUUCACGCAAGGAUCCAAAGCGUAUUUGUCAAACAGAAAUGGACCUCUUACUCACCGACAGUUGUUAGCUCAACUGGUCGCUGCCCUCAUCUCCUUGUGAGAAGUCUCAAGAUUCAAAACUUUUUCCCGCAAGUGCAUUCAGAAGUUAGUCUAGGAGCACAGGAUUUGUCACAUCUACUGCUCUAAGAAUUUUCAUCCAGUGUUACUCUGACAAUUUAGUAAGUCGAAAUUGUAUUUUAUAAAAGUUAAGUAACUGGUUUUUUUAGCUUUUGUAAUUGCUUGUUUUAAUUUGGCAUUAUGUAGUAUAUCCUUCAAUGGAACCAUGUAAAAUUACACGCUAGCUGAAUGACUUUUUCGAGUAA